UCUAGCUUUCAAGUUAUAUAUCAUAAUAUACAUAUAUCAAUUAUAUAUUGCAGUAAUAAAUUUAGAAAUUAUUAUGGGCCAGUUUGAUGAGUACUCAAACAUAUUUAUGUGUGUGGCUCUAAUGGGAAUGAUAAGCCUUUUGGUUCGUUUAUACAAGUCAUUAGUGGCCAAUCCACGGAGGCUUCGUUCUCUGAUGACGAAGCAAGGCCUCACCGGACCACCACCCUCUUUUCUUCUUGGAAAUAUUAUGGAGAUAAAGAAUUCUAAGUCCGCCGCGUCUCGCCUUUCUGCCGCCCUCUCGGCCGGAGAAUCUCCUCUCCAACACAACUGUGCUAACAUUCUCUUUCCUUUCUUUGAGAAAUGGAGAAAGCAAUACGGUGAAGUAUUUAUAUUUUCACUUGGGAACACACAAAUAUUAUACGUGAAUGAGGCAGAUAUGGUGAGGGAGAUCACCACAUGCACAUCCUUGGACUUAGGGAAGCCAUUGUAUCAAGCCAAGGAGCGAGGUGCUCUGCUCGGUCAGGGAAUUCUCACUUCAAACGGUGCCGUUUGGGCCCACCAGAGAAAAGUCCUUGCUCCUCAACUUUACAUGGACAAAGUCAAAGGAAUGGUGAGUUUGAUUACGGAAUGUGCCACGUGUCUUGUGGACACGUGGAAGAAUAUGGUUGGAGGAAGUAGUGCGGAAAUAAAGAUUGAUUGGUACAUGAGAAGGUUCUCUGGAGAUGUUAUAUCGAAAGCCUGCUUUGGAAGCAAUUAUGGUAAAGGAGAAGAGAUUUUUCAAAAGCUUCGAUCCAUCCAAGAGUCUUUGUCCAAGAAAAUGUUCUUAACUGGUGUUCCUGGCAUGAGAUAUGUACCAACAAAGAGUAACAGAGAAGUGUGGGGUUUAGAGGCAGAGGUGGGAAGACUGAUAAUUGAAGUAGUGAAGGAGAGAAAGAAAGUUGGGUUAUUUGGGUACGAGAAAGAUUUGCUUCAAAUGGUUAUGGAAGGAGCAGAGAAUAGUAAUAAGCAGGUUAUUGGGGAAGGAGAAGAGGCCAGAGAGCGUUUCAUAGUAGAUAAUUGUAAGAACAUUUACUUGGCUGGCUACGAAACCACUGCUGUUUCUGCCACGUGGUGUCUCAUGCUCUUGGCUGCCAAUCAAGAUUGGCAACAUCGUGUUCGACAAGAGCUUCUUCACCAUCUCUCCCAAACUCACACUCACACUCACACUCCUAUUAAUUAUCACAUGCUUCGCAACCUCAAACAGCUAACAAUGGUGAUUAACGAAGCACUGAGGCUUUAUCCACCUGUGACGGUGGUGUCAAGAGAGGCCUUCAAGGACAUGAAGUUCGGAGACAUUAACGUACCCAAGGGCGUGAACGUGUGGAUCAUGGUGCUCACCCUACACACCGACCCCGAAAUAUGGGGCCCCGAUUCCUACAAGUUCAACCCGAAUAGAUUCGCCAACGGCAUCACUGGCGCGUGCAAGCUACCUCAUCUCUACAUGCCCUUUGGGAUGGGCCCCCGGGUGUGCCUAGGCCAGAACUUGGCCAUGGUCGAGCUCAAGUUGCUUCUUGCUUUUCUCCUGUCCAACUUCUCCUUUGCCCUCUCUCCCGCGUACCGCCACGCGCCGACUCUUAGAUUGGUAGUAGAGCCGGAGCACGGCGUUGAUCUUUUGGUCACCAAGUUGUAGGAUUAAUUUAUGUAUGGUAUGUUGUAACUUAAUAGUUUUGUGGAAUAAAAUUAAGAUAUGUUGACU